CAGCACUCUCGCUUCUGACUCGGAAGUCGGAAUCCUUUGGCACUCAAGGGGAAGGGAAGGCCUUGCGUCAGAUGGACCGGGUGCUGCUUAUCAGAAGGGGGCAGCCGUAGCCUAGUGGUUAAGGAUAUGGGCUUUGGAUCAGAGGGUUGCAGGUUUCGAAUCCUAUCCUUACCACUCCCCACCACACUCCAUCGCUGAGGUGCCGUUGAGCAAGGCACCCAACCCCACACUGCUCCAGAGACUGUAAUGAAUGCCCUGUGCUUAAAACAAAUUGUCGAAGAUGCAGGACUAUGAGGAAGCCAUCAAGUUCUUAGGGGAGUGGGGUACUUUUCAGUGGCUGAUUAUCAUUGUCUUGAGUCUAAGUAUCAUUCCCAAUGGAUACUUGCCCUUAUCGAUGGUCUUCCUGGGAGACAUUCCUCCACAUCACUGCAGGGUCCCAUUCCUGAACAGCAGCUAUGGAGGACUGGGCUACAAUCAGUCCAUCCCGACUGAGGAGCUGAAAGGAGAGAUCAUCCUGAGUCGCUGCAGACGCUACACUGAAAAGGAAGACUCUUACUCUGCCUACAUCGAUGACACAGAGGGCUGUGUGGAUGGUUGGGUGUUCAGCAAGGAGAGAUAUGUGUCUACUAUUGUCACUGAGUGGAAUCUAGUGUGUGAUGAUGCAUGGAAGACUCCCUUUCCAACAACAUGGUUCUUUAUUGGAGUGCUGAUUGGAUCUUUUGGUUCAGGACUUUUGUCAGACAGAUAUGGCAGGAAGAUCACUUUCAUCUCCAUAAAGGCUCUGCAAACUCUGGCCGGUUUUCUUCUGGCUCUCUCUACCAGCUGGGAAAUAUUCUGUGUGGUUUUCUUCGUUGUAGGAUUAACAACCACCGCCAGUUAUUCUAAUACCAUUGUACUCGGCUCUGAGAUACUCAACAAGUCAGCACGUGAGUGUUUUGGGAUCUUGGGGGUUGCCUUAUGCUUUGGCAUUGGCUACUUCAUCCUGCCAGUCUUCGCAUACUUCAUUAGGGAUUGGAGGACACUACAGAUGGGACUGUCUGUGGUGGGAUUAUUAUAUAUGCCCCUCUGUUGGUACAUCCCAGAGUCCCCCCGCUGGCUCAUCACCCAGGGCCGGUUACAGGAAGCAGAGGCCAUCAUUCGAGCUGCUGCCAAGAGGAACGGCAUCACUCCCCCAGAGAAAAUCUUCCAUCUGGAACACAGUGCAGUCACUAGUGAGACCUCUACAAAUGUUGAGAAUAAGUGUAAGUACACAUGGUUGGACCCACUAAAACUGGACAACAUCAGGAACAUCACAGUUUCAAGUAUCAUCAGCGUCAUCACUCUCCCAGACGACAUCAUCCAGCUGUAUCUCAGUUCAGACACAGAGGAAACUGAAAAUGAAUCCAGUGGUCAGGAGAAGUACACUUGGCUGGACCUCGUGAAAACUACAAAUAUGAGGAAUGUUACUGUUAUAAAUCUCACUGCCUGGAUAGCCAUAUCUGUGACGUACUACGGCCUGUCUCUUAACAUCUCCAAUCUGGAUGGGGAUCCGUAUGUCAACAGCUUAAUUUCUGCAGCUACAGAAUUUCUUGGUGUUGCUUUUGUGUGGUUUGUCACACAUUAUGCUCCUCGUCGGUUUGUUCUACCAUUCACUCUGCUUCUUGCAGCGGGCUUGCAGCUGUUCAUCCAACUUGUACCUAAUGAGCUCAGUGGGUUGAUCGUCACUUUGGUAGUGAUAGGAAGACUGGCUUUGACCGGGGCAUAUGCGUUCAUUUAUGUCUAUUCUUCUGAACUCUUCCCCACCGUCAUACGCAACAUGGGAUUGGGUGUGUGCGGUACAGCUGCCGGAAUUGGAAGUGCGGUCUCGCCAUACAUAGCCCAUAUUGGUACAUAUAACAACAUACUACCUUUUAUUCUGAUGGGUACACUUUCUGCAAUCUCGGGUGGCCUGAGCUUGUUGUUGCCAGAGACGAAAGGCGAAAAACUCCCAGAAUUCAUAAGUGAAGUCAAACCUCUCCAGGGUUUUGGCUUCAAGUUAAGGUGUGAUACAAACAGUGUGGAUGGUAAUGUGGGCAGUAAUGCACAAACAGAAGAAGAGGAUCCAAAUUUGACAAGACAGUUUAACACAUUAAAUGGCAUUGACUGUCUUAGGUGAAGGUGAGACCUUACCCUGAGCUUAAAGGAUGUGACCGCUAUUAAGCACACUUAGCCCCUUUUCUGAGUUGUCUGCAAAGCAAUCCCACCGUUUUUUUUUGUGUGUGCCUGUUUUUUUCUGUUGGUUAGUUGCAAGUGUCAUACCAAAGUAUGGCUCCUGUUGUAUGUUACUUUUUAUUUUGUUUCCAUAGGAUAUCACCACAUAAAUGCUAACAGGGUUACAGAAAAGGUGACAAACCAAAAUCUUCAUUCAUAUCCCCUGGUGAUAGAGUGAAGACAAUGUAUGCAAAUGCUUCUGUAUUGUAAGGGUUGUAUAGAGAAAAAUGUUCACAAAUCUUUGCGGUUUUACCCCAUAAAGGGUUUAUCUGAGGGUUUUUAUAUUGUUGCAUGUAUAGAAUAAAUGUAAAAUGCUACUCUUGCAAUAGUUUUAAUAUACAGGGUUUUAUACUUUUAUUUGUUUUUAUACUGUAUAUUUUAUAAUAAAACUAACCCUCUCGGUUGAUGAGGUGAAAUAGAA